AUGGCGGGGGCUGCCUCCCCCCUGCAGACACAAGCUUUGUCUCAUCAGGAGAUGGAGACAGCAGCAGCAGCAGCAGCAGCAGCAGCAGCAGCAGCAGCAGCAGCAGCAGCAGGUGCAGCAGCAACAGCAGCAGCAGCAGGUGCAGGAGCAGCAGAGAAACGCAUGCAGCAGCAACAACAGCAACAGCAGCAACAACAACAGCAGCAGCAGGAGUACCAGCAGCAGGAGCAGCAGCAGCAGCAGCGGGAUCACCAGCAGCAGGAGCACCACCACAACCACCAGCAGCAGCAGCACCACCAGCAUCAGCAGCAGCAGCAGCAGCAGGAGCAGCAGGAACAUCCCCGGGAGUGUAUGCAUGCAAGUACAGCCGUCACGAGUGGGUGA